GGGGCAAUUUCAAUUCCUUCUGCGACACGCGACGCGCUGAAUUAAUCUUUCCUUAUACAACUUCAUAUACGGCGAAACGCAAUUAUACGAAUUGACGGGUUAGGGAACUUAAUAGUUGCCCAAUACUAUACUAACGACACUCGUGGUUGAACAAUCAGAUUUCACCUUCAGAAAUGCGCCCGAUACCAUCCGAAUCAGAUCCAUGAGCACACAAUCAACAUGGCACCCCCAACGAUCCUCGCUCACAAAUCAUCCUUCCUCACCGCGCAAACUCUUCAGCUCUCCCAGUCUCUCUCCCCGAGCCCUCUAUGGCGCUCCUCUAACACCGCCACCAAUACAAAUACACAGACCACUACCACCGAAGAUGGCGGUACCGCUGCCGCUACAGCUCUACCCGAAAGACUCGUAGACGAAGCCCUCUACCGCGCAAACCACAUCCUCCAACAACACGCGCGCCGCGUGUACGCCCCACAAGCGAGUCGUCAUGUCGCCGAGCAGAUUGAGGCGCUAUAUCUCGAGGCUGCGGAAAGAGCUGUGCGCGGUAAUGAUAGAAUAGGAGGGGGUGACGGCGAAGAUGAAGAUGAAGGAACGGCGGUAGCGAAGGGGAAAGGAGAUAGUGAGGCGCUGUUUUUAAGGGUUGGUGCUGAUUUUGCAUCCGACGAAGUCAUCGCCUCACUUCCUAGUACAUGGGAUCUUCAUUCCCCCUCCCAAGCCGAAUCCAAUCCACCCGAAGCGCAACGAUACGCCGACCUCACCGCAACACUGACCUCACUCGUGGCCCGCCGACGUGAUGCCCGCGCUCGUCUCGAUCGUUUACGUCGAAUGCGCACCUUACUCUCCCCACUUACUUCCAUGACUCCCCAGAGUAGUAAUCCCGUCAGUAGUGGUAGCACCAGAGCGGAUCCCUAUGAGGUGGGGAUAGAAAAAGUACAACCUAACCUCGUCACACGCGAUAGUGAAUUGGAGAAGGAGCUAGAGCGUAUGCGUGUCUUGCUCGUACGUGUCGCAGGUCGUGUCGCUCAGUUGCCAGAUCCUGAUCCCGAGUCCGUUGUUAUGGAGGACUUGGAUGUUGUGGAACGGGACAAGGUGGACAGGUUACUUGAUGAUUUCUGACUCCGUUGAAUACGUGUAUAUGUGUCAUUGGAAUUUUGAGAGUACGGCGUUUGAGGAUGAUAUUUGCGACAAGGAUGAUACCUCUUUACAUAGAGAUGAAAUCAUACAUAAAUAUAUCACAACAAAACAUAACUACGAGUAUAUGAACCAAAUAAAAACACAAA